AUGGCUCUUCCAUAUCUCAAGUCCCUUGAGGACUGCGGCGAGUACGCAAAAGCCGUCGAGCCGUAUAUUCCUCAGCUCUAUGCUCUGCCUCAGCAGGUUCUCGACAACAUCGCCAGCCCAGAUGGACUAAGGCAGUUGUAUGUUGACACAAACCCGCUGAUUUCAGGUUUCGCGAUCUCUCUCGCCCUUGGGGUUCCCUUCCUCAUUGUCUCGGAGAUCAACAAAAACUACUCUCAGGUUGACCGCAUGUGGUCUAUUCUUCCCAACCUCUAUGUUGUUCAUCUUUCAAUCUGGGCGCGUCUUGCUGGCUUCAACUCUUCCCGAGUGGACCUUAUUUCUCUUGCUACUACUCUUUGGAGUUGCCGUUUGACCUAUAACUACUGGCGUAAGGGUGGCUACAACAAGGGAUCUGAAGAUUAUCGAUGGGCCAUCCUUCAAAAAUAUGUGCCGAGAUUCAUCUGGUUCAUCUUCAACGUCACUUUCAUCUCUUUCUAUCAGAGUGUCCUGCUCUUCAGUUUCUCAUGCGUUCCCGCUUAUGCCAUCCUACUCUCCACCAAAUUUGAGGAAAAUGUGACUCCUGCCGACGUCUUCUUCUUUCUCACUAUGGUCGGUUUGGUGUAUAGCGAGUGGGUUAGUGAUGGCCAGCAAUGGGAUUACCACGAGGCCAAGCACAAGUAUCAGGCCGAGGCCAAGGUCCCCAAGGAGUUCAAAUAUACUCAAGCUGAUCUUGACCGAGGAUUCAACACCUCUGGACUCUGGGCUUACAGCAGACACCCCAAUUUUGCCGCUGAGCAGCUUGUCUGGCUUGUCCUGUACCAGUGGAGUUGCUAUGCAACCAAGAAUCUUUACAGCUACACACUUGCUGGCUCUGCUGCUCUGGUUAUGCUCUUCCAAGGAUCGACUUGGCUCACUGAGCUUAUCACUGUUGGCAAGUACUCUGAGUAUCCUAAGUACCAGAAGCAGGUUGGCAUGUUCUUGCCCAAGUCUCUUCGACCGUACAAGACCCCUCCUCCAAAGGUCAUCCGAACUAGCGACCUUGCCAAGCAGAAUGAGGGCAAGAAAGAACUUUGA